CGGGGAUGGGCGCAGGUGAGGGUCUGAGGAGCGGAGCCAGAGUCUGGGGAGGACGCGCGGUCCAAAGCCCGACGUUCCAGGUUGGGAACACCGAGGCCCCGGGGGUGGAGCUGGGAGUCCCCGGCCGCCCGCCCGGGGCGCGGGGAGGUGCCGAGGGGCCGCCCCUGGGCCGCAGGAACCGGCGGGAGAGGCUCCCCUGCCCCGCGAUGCGGGUGCGCCUGGGCGCUCUGGCCGGCGCGGCGGCGCUGACCGGGGCACUCAGCUUCGUGCUCCUGGCUGCCGCCAUCGCCACCGACUUCUGGUACAUCAUCGACACCGAGAGGCUGGAGCGGAGCGGCCCGGGGGCGCAGGAUCGGGUGGGCGCCGCCAAUCGCAGCCAGCUGGAGCCUCUGAGCUCCCACUCCGGCCUCUGGAGGACCUGCCGGGUCCAGCGCCCGUGCACGCCGUUGAUGAACCCCUUCUGGAGUGAGAACGUGACUGUCAGCGACUCGAGCAGACAACUUCUCACCAUGCACGGGGUGUUUGUGAUUUUGCUGCCACUCAGCCUCAUCCUGAUGGUCUUUGGGGGAAUGGCGGGGUUUCUCAGCUUCCUCAUCCGAGUCCACCUCCUCCUGCUGCUCACCGGGAUCCUCUUCCUCUUUGGAGCCACGGUGACCCUCGCUGGGAUCAGCAUCUACAUCGCCUACUCGGCCGCCGCCUUCCGGGAAGCCCUGGGCCUGCUGGAGGAGAAGUCCCUGCUGGACCAGGUGGACAUCCGCUUUGGCUGGUCCCUGGCCCUGGGCUGGAUCAGCUUCACCGCCGAGCUGCUCACCGGGGCGGCCUUCCUGACAGCCGCCCUCGUGCUAAGCCUGAGACGGAGGCAGGACCGGGCCGUAUGAGCUGGACACCUGGCCGUGGCUGGAUGCUUGGCUUGUGUGGGGUGGGGGUGACUCAUGAGAUCAUUUCAGUGGGUCUCCCAGAGGCCACCCACCAGAGGGCCCCAGGCAGCCAGCCCCCGGACCUCUGUGGUCUGAGCUCGGGCGGGCCUGGCUGUCGGUGGGCCAUGCGUCCCUGUGGUCUGGAGAAGGAGCAUGUCCUACAAGAACCCAGCAAUCCCUCAUCAGGUACAGACCUUCCGAGAUUGCCAAGUCCACCUGCAUCCUCUGGCUCCAUUUCAUCCCGACUCCUGCCCUUGGUAUCAACUGCUCUUUUUUGUUAAAGAAAUGGAGGAUCAGAGAGGUUUAGCUAUUUGCUCAAAGGCACACAGCAAGUUAGCAUCAGACUCAGUCUCGGGGCGUAUCUCCUCCUCCAAGACCAGAGCCUGCUUUUCUGUCACAGCUUUUCUGAAUGGGCAUGGGGCUGGCAAAAGCGUGCUCCAUGUCCGACACCGUGCCUGGCAUCUGAUGUGGCCUUGAAUCCAGGCUGGAAGUCACUGCGGGAAACCCCACACGGAAGGCAGCAGGGGUCUGGGGUCUGGUUUCUCAGUAACGUGGUGGUGGCAGGGAUUCCCCCUCAGCCCAGCUCCUGGCUCCUCUCUGGUCGGGCUUGUGCUUAUUUGGUUCAGGGUCCUGAGCCUGGGGAGAAAAAGGCCAAGAUCACGAAAUGAUUAUCAGCAAUCGGUGACCUGCUUUUGAAACAUAAGGUAGGGUCAUCCCUGAGUGAGGGGCCCUUUUGAAUGUCCAGGUGUCAGGGUGCUUAUCCUUCUUACGCAUCACCUCAGAAUUGUCAGGAAACCUCCAUAUGGAGACAAGGGCAAACAGCCAACUUGCAACGUGCAGGGAAGAAUAAUCAGCAAACUCUUUUGGAGGGAAGAUGUAUUAGCACCCUCACAAUUAGGAGGGAAGGGUCAUGCUCAAAAACACAGCAACUCCUUGGACUGUCGUCUUUGUGCUUCGUCAUCAAAUGCCCGAUGUUAGUGCAUCAUGCUCAAGGCCACGGGAAAGUGUUGACUGAGCCCAGUUCCCUGGUAUAAAGCCCAAGACUGGUAAAAGGUAAAUGCACCUGGAGAUGCAUAAAUGUCUUAUUUGCUGAGUCUUUAAACAUCCUCUGGACAAGGCCCUCCCACUGGGAUCAAAUCAGUGGCUCUCAACUCUGGUUUGCCUGUCAGAAGCACCUGGGCAAUUGUAAAAAUAUGGUGGCCUCACCCCAGGUCAGUGAAGUUAGACUCUCGGGGGAGGGAUUCAGGCACCGUUAGUUCGCCAACGUGCUCAGGUUUUUCUAACAUGGAGCCAGGUGAACCAUGGGCUUCUUAGAACCAAACCACUGAUUGUGUAUGAGUUUAUAAUUGUCGAUAAAACUUGCUGUGGUGAUUUUCUGAACUCCACAAAUUUGCAUUCAAUAAAAGUCUUACAAAGGA